GACUUGCAUGGCCCAGAUCUUCAGCUUCCAUCCCCCCAAACAGUCAACAAACAACCUUCACCCCUUCUGCCUUCCCCUGUCCUACCUCCUGUCCAGUCUCCUUCAGAGCUCUUUCCAUCUUCUAUUUCUGUUCUUUCCUCUGAGGUGCUCUCUCUCCCUCCUGCUGACCCCACCACUAGCCAACUGCCUUUGUCUCCCGAACCAGCUGAUGUUGUCGGGCUGCCUUCAUCUGACAUGGCUGCUACUUCUGUUGAGCAUUUGUCCGCUGAUUCGGUUGUUGCUGCCACUGUUGAACCGUUGAGUUUGGGCAGUUCCCAAGUCAGCGAACAAUCUGAGUUGUCUCGUCACGCUACUGUUUCUUUGGCCACUGAAGUAGAUUCUGACCUGGGACUGUCCCCAUCUGACGUUGCUGAUGCUAUACCUAUACCUCUGCCUGCCCCUGUGGCUCCCACUACUACAUCGGCUGAAGUGGUUGAUGGCCCCAGCAUCGAUCAGUUGCACGUGCCCACUGACCCUCCAAAUCCCAUUGCAAUAGGCAGUGAGGUUUCGACUCAAUUGGAGGCAAGUAUUAUGCCUGGGUCUGUGAGGAAUGAAGAGGUCCUCCCUGAUGCUGUAGUUCCCAGCGAUGUUAUUGCUAUUACUCUGCCCCCACUCACUGACCUCCCUGUGUCCCCUUCUGCUGGGCAGCCUUUAGCUGAUGCACCUGGAAUCCAAGCAGAACUGUCCUCAUCUGACAGUGAUAAUGCUGCUACCCUGGUGGUCACUGCCACUGUUCAUCCACCUUUAUCUGGUGAUGUUGCAUUUUCUAACCUUGCUGAUGGACUGCCUGCAUCCCACGUCUCUGAUGACAGCUCUGGACUUCCUGCAUGUGAAUGUGUUCUAGCCGCCACCUCUGUGGUUGCUGCCAAUGCCCUGCAGCUGCCUUCCCCCGCUGGCACACAAGUUGCAACUUGCAUCGGCAUGAAGCUUUUGCCUGAAGUUGCUGAACCUAUGGCCACUAUAUCUUUGCCCAGUCAAGGUAUUAUUACUGCGCUUGGGUUGUCUUUACCCGAUAGUGUUACUGUUGGUGAAAGACCAGUGUCCACUGAAAGAAUUGCUGACCUGAUGCCUCCACCCCAUGAGAGUGUAGGUGAAGCUGUGCAAUUGCCUGUGCCCUCUGAGGCUGCCAGCGAUCCUGUGCCUUCUGAUGCUGCCAAUAAUCAGGUCCCUUGUGUCCCCAAAGAUGAAGCUGCUGCCAGCGAUCCUGUGCCCUCUGAGGCUGCCAGGGAACAGGUCCCUUGUGCUCCCAAAGGUGAAGCAGCCACCGAUCCUGUGCCCUCUGGUGAGCUUGCUGCCGAUAGGGUCCCUAGUGUCUUAGAAGAUGAGGCUGCCAGCAAUCCUGUGCCCUCUGAGGCUGCCCGCGAUCAGGUCCCUUGUGCCCUUGAAGGCGUGGCUGCCACCGAUCAGUUUCCUUGUGCCCUCAAAGGUGAAACUGCCAGUGAAUGUGUGCCCUCUGAGGCUGCCAGUGAUCAGGCCCCUUGUGCAUUUGAAGGUGAAGCUGCCAGCAGUCCUGUACCUGUGCCCUCUGAGACUGCCACCAAUCAGGUGCCUUGUGUCCUCAAAGAUGAGGCCACCAGUGAUAAUGAACUCUUGUCUCCUCUGAGUGCCACUGAUCAAGCGUCUUUACCUAAUGAAGAUGCUGAUAAAAUUGCCUUUCCCCCUCAAGGUGUGUGUGAAGCUAGUCCAGUGCUUUUGGCCUUUGAGGAUGCCACUGAUCAGGCAGUUUUGCCUCCUCAACAUGGUGCCAGUCAGGUGCCUUUUGCCCCUGAGGGUGAUGCUGCAGCUCGGGUCCCCUUUCCCUAUGAGGGUAAAGAUCAAGGUCCCAAAACACCUGAUCAAUUGACUUGUUCCACUGAGGCUGCUCCCGAGCGCCCGCUCUUACCCAGCUCUGACAGUAUGUCCUCUGCUCUGUCCGUUGAGUCCAGUGCCAUUGAAGGUCCACUUUCUGUAGAUGGCACCACUGAUUUGCCAUUGUCUUCCACUCCUCUGGCCGACACAGUGGACGAGUCAUCAGCUCAGCCUCCAGUUGUGGAAGCUGAACUUCAUGUUCCUGUGUCCCCUUGCCUUCCUGAGCUGCCUUCCGCCACCUCCGAAUUUUCUGUAGGUCAAGAAAUCCCCUGUGCUGAUAAUGCUUACAUUGAGCAGUCACUAACAGUAGACCUGCCUGCUUCAGAGCCUCAUUCCCUGCUCUCCCAUCUAACUGACCAGGUUGCUCAGUGUACUGACUUGCUUCUAUCUCUUGAUCCCACUGAGAAUUCCCAGCUUCAAUCCCCUCUGCACGCUACUACUAAGCUGCCACCCUCUCCCCGCAUUGCUGAUUAUUCACCUGAUGUACCUCCAUCUUCUGAACUUUCUUUAUCUUCAGAAUCUAGACCUGUCACUGAAUUUCCUCCAUCUCUCAUUGUCCCACCUGCCUCUGUUCAACUCACUACCCCAUCCCCUGAAUCAUCCUCGGCUGUCCAAAUUGAUGACGAUGAUGAUGAGAUGCCUCCUCUGAUUUCUGCGAUCAACGAGACCCCCCUCUGUGAGGCUCCUGCCCCACCUGUUCUUGAGAAGGCAAUUCCCAAGAUUUCUCUGACUGGAAAGGAGUCGGUGGUGAAGCAAAAUGAUGAGGGGUCUGGGACAGAAUCGGACAGCGAUGAGUCGGUACCAGAACUGGAAGAACAGGAUACAACGCAGUCAGCAACACAGCAAGCCCAGCUUGCAGCUGCAGCCGAAAUCGAUGAAGAGCCAGUUAGCAAAGCAAAACAGAGCAGAAGUGAAAAGAAGGCACGAAAAGCAAUGUCAAAACUGGGUCUCCGUCAGGUUACUGGGGUAACGAGAGUCACGAUAAGAAAGUCGAAAAACAUACUAUUUGUCAUCACAAAGCCAGAUGUCUACAAAAGUCCUGCAUCCGAUACCUAUAUUGUUUUUGGUGAAGCUAAGAUUGAGGAUCUAUCUCAGCAAGCACAGCUUGCCGCUGCAGAGAAAUUCAAGGUACAGGGAGAAUCUGUUGCCAAUAUCCAAGAAAACACACAGACUCCAACUGUACAGGAGGAGAGCGAAGAAGAAGAGGUUGAUGAAACCGGUGUAGAGGUCAAGGACAUAGAGCUGGUCAUGUCGCAAGCCAACGUGUCCCGAGCUAAGGCUGUCCGCGCAUUGAAAAAUAACAACAACGAUAUUGUAAAUGCUAUUAUGGAGUUGACGAUGUAAGCUGCAGGAACUAAGUGGGUAACAGUCCUUUUGGUGCAGCAUCAGUACAUUUGUACCAUUUAUAUUGAUAAAUCUUAAAUAAAGAUGUGGCUUGAAAUAGUUAA